AUGGGGUAUACGACUAACGUGCUCACUGUCAAAUCGAUUACAUUGAACACUGGUAGUAUUGCAAGCACCACAAAGCGAAGACGGCAAUCAAGAGGCACAGCAUCGUGUAAUACAGUUGCAGCAGGUUCUAAUAUGAGUAACGGUAAUAAUCUUCGUAUCAUAGUCACGAUUAGCAAGUGUCCUAAAACAGACUGCAGAACUUAUCAUUGUAUUACACAAUGUACACCUGAUAUAAAGAAUGCCAUACAAUCUAAAUUUGGAUCGACUAGAAUUUCGUUCACUAUUAAAACAAAUUUAGGAUCACGUACAGCCUCAUGUCAGUUUUGCACGUUUGGUCAAGUCGUUUCAGUUUCGACUACGUCACCAACGACACUAUCGAAUAUACCAACUACAACUAUAACAAGUAUAACACCGACAACAACAUCAACAACAACUACAACAAAAACAACGACACGAACAACAACUACGACCACAACUACAACACGACCAACAACUACAAUCACAACUACAACUACAACCACAACUACAGCAACAACAACAACAACAACAACAACAACAACAACAACAACAACAACAACUACAACAACAACAACAACCACAACAACAACGGUUACAACACCUAUAAUAUUACCAGAUUGCAAUGCUGAUAUUUGUUGUUCUAAAACGUGCACUGCUUGUAUUUCUGAUAGUACUAGUGGCUUUUGUAGUACUCCUAAUAAUGGUGAAAAUUUUAAUUUCUAUUCUGCUGAUUCUUCUAAAUGUGAUGGCAAAUUUGUUACUGAUACUAGUUCCAGUUGUGGAGAACAUGUUCCGGUAGAAGAUUGA